CAGCCGAACCCUUAAGAAAUCAGUCUGAAAAAGAGAAGUAGAAAAAGAGAGCUGUUGACGCGCUCAGACAGGGUGAACCUCAGCAGAGAACGACAGAAAGAGAGGGAGGAAGUGACAGCACAUGUCCUUGAGAGAGAGAGAGAAAGAAAGUGCCAGAGACCAAGGGCGUAGCCCGUACAUCGAUUAACAAUUUUGGAACCACAACCUUACGAGAAUGGCAGCUUGGGACCUGUCCAUCAUGGUAGAGGAACUGGGACCGCAGGCUCCUCCUCUUAAAAUCAGUGUCACUUCAGAUUUACACAUCGGUGGAGUCAUCCUCAAAGUUGUGGAAAAGUCACAAAUAAAGAAAGAUUGGUCUGAUCAUGCUCUGUGGUGGGAACAGAAGCAGCAGUGGUUGCUAAAACCGUCCUGGACGCUGGAUAAAUGUGGAAUUCAUGCAGAUGCCCGACUCUACCUUACCCCCCAGCACAAGCCCCUGCGCUUACUAAUGCCCAACGCUAUCACCAUCUGCAUGAGGGUCUGCUUCUCCAACCCUGUGUUCCGCACCGUCAUGGGCAUUUGCAAAGUCCUGAACAUUCGCCACCCGGAGGAACUAUCCCUACUGUGGCCAGUAGAAGAGAAGAAGAAAAAGAAGGAUAAAGAUGUCGGGGAUGAGGUGUAUGACAUCACAAGCGCACCAUUACCUUCAAGCACCAUCCUGAAGCUUGCCAAUGGCAUGCCAGCUUUCUUUGCUGAAACGCCUGAAUCUGAGGCUGUGUACAAGAUGCUAGCAGUCAGUCAGCCUCCUCCAGCCCCAGAGACCAUUGCCAAGACAUACCGGUCAACUAAUGUUAUGGAGAAAGCUCAAAUUAACGGCAGGUGGUUGGAUUCAUCCCGCUCUCUCCUGCAGCAAGGAGUCAAAGAAAAUGAUAAACUCGUACUGCGUUUUAAAUACUACAGCUUUCAUGAUGUCAUACCACAGUUGGACUUUGUGCGUCUGACACAGCUGUAUGAGCAGGCAAGGUGGGCUAUCCUGCUGGAGGAAAUCGAAUGCACUGAGGAGGAGAUGAUGGUCUUUGCUGCAUUACAGUACCACAUUGGGAAAGUGUCUCUGACAGAACAGCUUGUGGCUUCCUGUCCGGCGAUGGAUGAUCUGGAUUCAGCCUUACAGUGUCUGGAGGUGAAAAUGGAAGGAGAGAGCAGCGCAGAUGACAUGCUGGAAACAAUGACAGCACCAGAACUACACGACUACUUGAAAAUAUUCAGGCCAAAAAGGCUGACCCUGAAAGGCUAUAAACAAUACUGGUUUACAUUUAAGGACACAACCAUCUCCUACUACAAGAGUAAAGAGGAGAGCUGCAAAGAACCAAUUCAACAGAUGAACCUUAAAGGUUGUGAAGUGGCUCCUGACGUGAGCGUUGCUGGGCAGAAGUUUUGUAUCAGGUUGCUGAUACCCGGACCAGAGGGCAUGAAUGAGGUCUACUUGCGCUGCGAGCAUGAGCAGCAGUACAGCCGAUGGAUGGCAGCAUGUCGUUUGGCCUCAAAAGGCAAGACUUUAGCCGACAGCUCGUUCUCUAAUGAAGUGCAGAGUAUCCAGUCCUUCCUAGCCAUGCAGAAAACCACACCUAGCAAUAACACGGCGCAGACGGAUGAAAGCAUCAACACACACAGCCUCGUCUCGCCACGCUACCAGAAGAAGUACAAACCCAAACAGCUUACACCAAGGAUUCUGGAGGCCUAUCAGAAUGUGGCUCAACUCUCAUUAACUGACGCCAUUCAGAAGUUUCUUCAGAUCUGGCAGGCUCUCCCUGACUUUGGCCUCUCUUAUAUUGUAGUCAGGUUUAAGGGAUGCCGUAAAGACGAGGUGCUCGGCAUCGCUAAUAAUCGUUUAAUCCGCAUUGACCUGAGUGUUGGAGAUGUUGUGAAAACCUGGAGAUACAACACCAUGAGGCAAUGGAACGUCAACUGGGACAUCAAACAGGUUGCCAUUGAGUUUGAUGGCAAUGUGAACAUCGCCUUUAGCUGUGUGACGGCAGAUUGUAAGAUUGUGCACGAGUACAUCGGCGGCUACAUCUUCAUGUCCACACGAGGUCGAGAUCAGAGCGACACCCUGAAUGAGGAGCUAUUCCACAAACUGACAGGCGGACAUGAAGCUUUAUGAGGAAAGAAAGAAAAACAAAAACAUCUGUGCACAUAUGGACUCAUGAAAAACGAAGAGAAGAGAUCAUACAGAAAAUACAGCCAAAUUAUUUGCCCUCCUUUGAAAAUUGUAUUCUUAAA